AACUGUCGUAAAUGUCGUAAACAGGAGUCACCUGCUGUUGACGUAGAGCGUGGAGUUAAUCAAUCCAUAUUCAACUGAAUCUUUAGUUUUUAUUUACUUAGUUUAGCAAAAAAUUACAGCUAUAGGACAGUAAGAGGAAAAGAGUGACGAUAACGACCCGCAAGGAUGUUUAAAAAAUUCGAUGAAAAGGAGAAUGUUUCAAACUGUAUUCAACUGAAGACAUCUGUAAUCAAGGGCAUAAAGAAUCAACUGUUAGAUCAGUUUCCCUACAUCGAUGAAUGGCUCAACCAAAUCAUGCCCAAAAAAGACCCUGUCAAAAUUGUGAGAUGUCAUGAACAUAUUGAAAUUCUUACUGUAAAUGGAGAGCUGCUUUUCUUCAGACAGAGAGAGGGACCAUUUUAUCCCACCCUCAGACUUCUACACAAAUUUCCCUUCAUACUGCCACACCAACAAGUAGAUAAAGGAGCCAUCAAAUUUGUUCUGAGUGGAGCCAAUAUCAUGUGCCCAGGCCUUACAUCACCAGGAGCCAAACUCUACCCUGCUGAAACAGACACAGUAGUUGCUAUAAUGGCAGAAGGUAAACAGCAUGCACUCUGUGUAGGAGUCAUGAAGAUGUCAGCACACAACAUAGAGAAAGUAAACAAGGGAAUUGGAAUUGAGAACGUUCACUAUCUGAAUGAUGGACUAUGGCACAUGAAGACAUAUAAGUAGACAUGAGUUUGUGGAUCAUUGGGACCCCUUGUCAACAGGCAGCCCGUCUUCUGUUUACACAAAUGGACUUUAAUUAACAAAUUAACUGUGUAUCAUGCUUAAUGAUUUGAAAGCAACCCCAUUUUAAUGCACAAAUAAAACCUGCAUUUAAGUCAAUUUGGAAUGGUCUGUUGCUACAGUGAGAGCUGAAUUGUGCCAUUGCAGCUCAGAUAUAUAUGUGCAUAUUUAAGAAGAAAGGACUGUAACUUAUAAUAACAGAACUCAUCAGCUUAUUAGUAGAGACUGCAAGACCUGAAUUGGUUGUGUCAGAUAAGGGAGACAUACAAAAUGUGCAAACUGGAGUCCUCCAGGAGAGGUUAGAAAACCCCUGGCUUAUGCUAAAUCAGAAUUUUCAAAUAUUCAAUAAAAACAUACUUAUAAAAAAAGAAAAACGGGUAAACUAAAUGUGCUGCUACUGUCACGCAUGGAUGUCAUUUGUAAUAUGCAGAUCGAUUACAAAUACAAUAUAUUAGAAACUUCAAGUUUUGUGGUAGCCCACGUGAAUACUGUAAUAUACAAUAGUAUUUACCAUAAUAAACGGAAAUAAAUUGUACUAUAAUGUAGUAAUUAUAGUAUAGUAAAUGUAUCACGCAAAAACAAAUCACGCAAUUCAUACAAGGACAUACAUGAGUCAUGACUUCAGCAGAAUUUUGGGGCCCAGAACCUUUUGUAUACGUUUUUGG